AUUGAUCAUAGAAAAUGAGUUGCAAUGGUUGCAGAGUUCUUCGAAGAGGAUGUAGCGAAGCUUGUCUUCUCCGGCCAUGUCUUCAAUGGAUUCCGACUGCUCAAGCACAAGGAAACGCUACUCUGUUCGUCGCUAAGUUUUUUGGCCGGAGCGAUCUUCUAUCGAAGAUCGAUUCCGUUCCAAUUGAACAACGACCUGCUCUGUUUCAAUCCUUGCUGUUCGAAGCUUGCGGAAGAACACUGAAUCCAAUUGGCGGUGCUGUUGGACUAAUGACAUCUAGAAACUGGAAUCUAUGUCAGAUGGCGGUUGAUACGGUGCUCGCCGGCGGAGUAAUUCGUCCGAUCGCGUUUCCGAAUCCGCCGAUUUGGUCUCCGAGCGAUGAGGAAUCAGGUGUGACGUAUCAAUCGGUGGCGCAGCCGAGGAGAUGCUCUGUUUCGAAAAUUGAGGAUGUGGUAUCUCAGGCAAAGGUAAUGUCCGAUGACGGAAGGAUGAAUCGGUCGCCGGCGGUGAAGCGGGGGCGUUCGAUCAUGAUGUCGUUUGAACAUAGAGAUGAAUCGGAUGUGUUGACUAGCUAUUUAAAGGAGACGACGGAUCGAGAAGGGUUUGAUGAUCUUCCAAAGCUUUUGAACUUGUUUGUUUAAAUCGAUGGCGAUUGAUUAAUGAAUUAAGCCAUUGAUUAGAAGACUAAUUAUCUUCAUUAAGACAAGAACAAAUUAGUAGGUUGAAGAGAAUAGUAGUUUUUUUUUUUUGGUUAAAAAAAAAAUCACAUUUGACUUAUAUAUGUGAGUGGAGGUUAAAAAUUAGGGUAAUAUUUUUCUUCUUUUUUUUUGUUUUGUUUUGAUGAAUGGGAGUAAGUAAAUUCCGGCUGGUUAUUUUGGAUGUAAUAAUCACAAACAAU